GGAGCGUAUGAGUUCUGUAACUUUCGCGUACAAACACAGCACAGAGAGCUGGGGCAGGGCGCUUGGCUCUCUGGCGUUCCGCGACGGCACCCGCCCGUCUCUGCGCGGACACCUGAAGCAACACUUGGGCUCUGUGUGGGCACCGGCCUAUUGCACAGCGCGCCAGGGAUCCGCUUCUGGGACAACGCCGGUGCGGGCAAGGGCUCGGGAGGAUCCGGCCCGGGGAGCAAGGGGAGGCGGAUCGCAGGCGCCUGGCCCCCCGCGGUGUGCAGCGGCGCGGAGCCGCCGCGGGAGGGCGGGCGGGAGAGCGGGCGGGUGGGCGGGCAGUGCCUCCCCCGGCCCGGCCCGGCGCGUCGUGCGGCGGCCGCAUCCCGGCGGAGCAGCGCGCAGCAGGUGCCUGUGAGAGACACAGAGAACCAGCAUGGCACAGCCCACUGCACCUCCUGUCUACGAUGACAAGAACCACUUCUACCCCCCACCCCCGGGGGGUUACGCCCAGCCUCCCCACUAUGCUGGGGGAUACCCACAGCCCGGGGGGUACCCACAGCCUGGGGGCUACCCUGCAGCAGGGGGCUACGCACACCCAGGGGGGUACGCGCAGCCAGGGAUGGCCAUGCCCACCAUGCCUAUUCGGCUGGGUGACAAUGACAUCGGGGAUGGCUCUCCCUUCCAAUCGACUGACUGGGAAGACAGGAAGGUCCGGCACAGCUUCAUCCGCAAGGUCUAUGCCAUCAUCUCCCUGCAGCUGCUGGUGACUGUGGGCAUCAUCUCCGUGUUCACCUUUGUCCACCCUGUCCGUUCCUUUGUCCAGAAGAACGUCGCCAUCUACUAUGCCUCAUACGCUGUGUUCUUGGUGACUUACCUGGUGCUGGCCUGCUGCCAGGGACCCCGGAGACGAUUCCCAUGGAACAUCAUCCUGCUGGCCAUCUUUACGCUGGCCAUGGGGCUGAUGACAGGGACGAUCGCCAGCAUGUACCGGACCAACGCUGUCUUGAUUGCCAUGCUCAUCACCGCCAUCGUGGCCAUCAUCGUCACCAUCUUCUGCUUCCAGACCAAGGUUGAUUUCACGUCGUGUCCAGGGCUCUUCUGCGUGCUGGGCAUUGUGGUCAUGGUGACUGGGCUGGUCACCGCCAUCGUCCUCACCUUCAAAUAUGUCUACUGGCUGCACAUGCUGUACGCGGCCAUCGGCGCCAUCGCCUUCACCCUGUUCCUUGCCUACGACACCCAACUUGUGCUGGGGAACAGGAAGAACACUCUUAGCCCUGAGGAGUAUAUCUACGGCGCUCUCACCAUCUACACCGACAUCAUCUACAUCUUCACUUUCCUGCUGCAGAUUGUGGGUCGGGAUUAGCCCCCAGAGCCCUCCUGCUCUCCCCCUCCACUGCCCCUCGCCCCCUUCUCUGGCCUCUGUAUGGGAUAUGGCUGUUCACUGUGGCUCCCAAUGCUUCGGCAUCCCUGCCAGUAGGCUGCUAAGGAAAGGGCUUCCCUCUAUCACCCCUCCAAACGCCUCCAGGGGCAGUGGAGGGGACCAGCUGACGGUGUUUAGGUAAUGCCUGGCCUCAGCAUGGCUCACUGACGUGAUGCUGGGCUGGCAGCCAAGUGCCACGGUCCUGCCUGGGCAAGAGGAGCUUGCUGCAGCCACAUCAUGUUGGGAUGUUUUUGGCAUUGCCUGGUCGGUGUUAUUCACUCAGUGCCUUAAAUGCAUCUCUGGCUGUGAGCCCCUCCCCGUGCCGUGGCAGAGCCCAGGGUGGGCAGGACAGGGAGCAGCUGGGACCCCCGUGGUGGGACUCGUGGCAGAGCUCCUAUUGCAGAGGCCCUGCAGCCACUGCUGUGGGAAAACUUGCACUUGCUAAAUAAAACACUUUAAUACUUUUCCA